ACACCCCCCCAGCACUCGGCACAGGCUCGCUGAGCAGCCUUCAGCAGCAGGGUGUGGUGGGGAGCCUCGGAGAGUCUGGGGUUCCAUCCUGGCCCGGCCUCACACCAGCUGAAGAGACGACCGACUGAGCUUCGAGGACAGGAAGCCACCGGCAUCACUUCAUCCCAGCCUCACGCUCGGGACUGGGCCCGGGGAAGAAAGCGGCGAGGUUCGAGUCGCACCGGACCGGAGGAGAUCCACUUGAGCGCCUGCAGCCAAGGUUCUAUCUCCACAGUCCCAGCAGCUGACUGGACACCAUCACAGCCUUACCCAUCUUCAGAACACACUCCUUUCCAUCCGACGAAAUGAUAGAACCCUCUGAAGACUCAUUUGAGACGAUGAUGGAGCAUAAGAAUCCAUCAUCAAAACAAAUGGAGUCCUCCGAGGGCUCAUCCAGCACCACCGAGGCGACAUCGGGCAGGGGCAGCAGCGUGCAGGGAGAGGCGGGGCCGGCCAGCGGCCCCGCCCAGGAAAUGAAGGAGCCGCCCAGCGGCCCACUCCAGGAAAGGGAAGAGAUGCCCACUGAUCUACUCCAAGACAUGGAGGAGCCAUCCAGUGGCCCACAUAAGGAAAUAGAGGAUCCACCCAAUGACCUACUCCAAGACCUGGAGGAGUCAUGCAACGCUUCACACCAGGCAAGGGGGGGGGAUCCACUCAGUGGAGCAUCUGAUAGGAUGAAAGAAGCAUCAGUCACCCCAUCGGGAGCCCAAGAAGAGCAAGAGGCUCACACUGACCUGAAGGAAUCGGGGAGGGAGGAGGCUCCUCAAGAAGGGCAAAACCAGACCGAGCACUCUACCGCGGAGCUUAUGGCCAUGGUGAGGUCCAUCAUCUCGUUGUACUUCCGAAUGCAAGACCUCAAAGAGCAACAAAGAGUAGCAGAAGAGAUCUUGAUCAAAGGGAUCAUUGCAGGCCAACUGCCCGCCCCAAGGCCCUUCUCCGGGGAUCGCAGAGAAUUCCACGAGUUCAUCGUGCUCUGCCAACUGACCUUACAGAGCUACCCAAGAAAGUUCUGUAACGACCGUCUGCGCGUUGAGUAUGUCAUCGACCACCUCUCCGGCUUGGCCUUAGAAUGGGCCAGAGCUCGAGUGCAGGAAGACAGCCCCCUGAUCGGAAACUUCCCAGCCUUCCUGGAGGCCAUGUCAGAGGUGUUUGAAUACCGCCAGGCACUUCGUGUGGCAGAAGAGGCCAUGUUCAGUAUCAGGCAGGGCGGCCGCUCGGCCACCGAGUACAUUGAUGAGUUCCAGAGCCUGGUACCCAUCUUGGGCUGGCCAGACGAAGUCCUGCAGGCCCACCUGUGCCAGGGGCUCAACGAGGAGAUCAGGCACUAUCUAUUCCGGAUCCCUCAGCCAGAAUCCCUAGACAGUCUGAUUGUGCUCAUCCUGCAAAUAGAAGAGAAGCUGGCGGAGAGAAGAGCCGUGCUCAGGCUGCCCCCCGAGUCCCGCCCCCGGAACCUGACCUGGAUUGACUCACCUGCUCCCGAGAGGUGGAGUGUCAGCAGCUGGCUGCCCAGCGAAGUCCAUCCGGGUAUCAACCGCGCCCACCUCUUCCUGCUGCUCAUGGUGAGAGUGAACCCCUACCACAGCGUCGCCGUCCAGGCCCUGGUGGAUUCGGGAGCCGACGGCAACUUCAUGGAUGAGAAGUUCGCCCAAGAGCACUACGUGGAGCUCUAUGAGAAGCCUUACCCUCAGCCGAUCCAUUCCGUGGACGGCUCGCUGAUUGGCAACGAGCCGGUCUGGCUCUACACGGAGCCCCUGGUGUGCAUCCACCAGAACCACCAGGAAUCCAUCAAAUUUGACAUCGUACCUUCACCAAACUUCUCCGUGGUCCUGGGCAUCCGCUGGCUCCGACUCCAUGCCCCAGAGGUCGACUGGGUCAAAGGCCGCUGCACCUUCCACUCUCCCUACUGCCUGAAGAACUGCUUCCGCCCACCCCCGCCAUGCAUCGCCCUGGAGAGACACGGCAUGAGCCUGCUACCCGGACUGCCACACCCAUACUCAGACCUGGCCGACGUGUUUAACCCGAAGGAAGCAGAUGAUGAGACUUCCGACCAGCCAAGCUCAGACGGAUCCGAUGAUCUUUCUGAAUCAGAGCCCUCUGAGCUUCAGCAGGCUGGAGACAGUGAUCACAGCGAGACCUUUUACGAAUGUCCCUCCACCGCGCCUUGGGAACCUGUGAGCGCCAGGAUGCAAGAAAGAGCCAGGCUACAGGAGGAAUACUGGGACCUGCAGGACAUGCUGACCGACAGACAGGACUACAUACAGAUGAUUCCGGAACUGUUUGACCAGUUACACGGAGCCGCGUGGUUCACAAAACUGGAGCUGCGCGGGACCAUCGUGGAGGAAAGCGUGAACGUGCACGGCACCGAAGAUGUGUGGAAAGCAGCGUUUGGUUUGGAGCUUCAAGAGAUGAAGAGCUACCAGCCGUUCGCCCUCUCCCCAGACCCUAUCAUCCCUCAGAACGUCAUUCACUUCAUCCUAAAGGACAUGCUAGGCUUCCUCGUGCUUUCCUACGGCCAGGAAGUCCUGAUCUACUCAAUGAGCCAGGAGGAGCACCUCCAGCACGUCCGCCAAGUCCUGGUCCGCUUCCGCCAUCACAACGUCUACUGCUCCCUGGACAAGAGCCAGUUCCACCGCCAAACCGUGGAAUUCCUGGGCUUCGUUGUCACCCCCAAAGGGGUGAAACUGAACAAGAACGUCAUGACCAUCAUAACAGGGUACCCCACCCCUGGCUCCAGGCUCUCUCUGCGGAACUUCAUGGAGUUCGUCUUCCCCUACCGGCACUUCGUGGAGCAAUUCAGCAUCAUCGCCGAGCCCCUGGUGCGGCAGCUGCUGAGCUCCUGCCAGUUCUACUGGGGGGCCGAGGAGCAGGAGGCCUUCGAGUGCCUCCAGAGGGCCUUCCGCAAGGCUCCCCUCCUCCACCACCCCAAGCCCCAGAACCGAUUCUACUUGGAAACCGGCAUCACCGGCACGGGCCUGCACGCCUCCCUGAUCCAAAUCGACGAGCAGACCGGCAGGAGGGCCUGCUGUGCUUUCUACUCCCGCAGCAUCUCCCCCAUCGAGGUCGAGUACUCGCAAGUGGAGAUGAAGAUCCUUCCCAUACGGGCUGCCUUCAUGGUGUGGUGCCGCUACCUGGAGAACACCGAGGAGCCCAUCAUGAUCCUUCUCAACACAGAGGAUCUAGCCUCUCUGAAUAAUGACAGGCUCACCGUACUUCUCCCCGGCCACUGGGUCUUCUUCUUCUCUCACUUCAACUUUGACGUCAUGGAGCUGCCAGAACAGGAUGGCGGCCGAGCCCUGCCACCUUCGAGAAACCUCCGGUGGAGGAGAGCCUUCCGGAGGAGCACGGCGGCCAGGCAGACCCUGCUGCUGGCCUCCAGGGGAUUCCCCACGGAUCCAUCAGCGGAAUCCGGGGAAGAAGAGAAUGAGGACCAGGAUGAGGCCCAAGAACAGGCCCUACGGCAAGAGCUGCUGGCCGUGAUUCCCAUCGACCAGCUCCUCAACAGCUUCCUCGCCCACUUCAGCAUGGCCCAGAUCAGGGCCGUCAUUCUGCAGUUCUUCCGAGGCCUCCUGUACUGGAAGAACGUCCUGGCCCUGGCGUCCAUCCUCGUGCUACUGCGGGUGAGGCGACUUCCCCCGCUGCUGCCGCCACCCGCCAUGCAGGCGGUUCGGCCCCAGCCCCGGCGCUCCCUACGACUCUUCCUGGACUCCUCCCUCGUCGCGGGCAGCGGCAUCACGACAGCCAUCACCCAGCUGCUCACCCAGAUGCCCGCCCUCGUAGGCGCAAACACCAUCCCGGCACAGGAGCUGGCCGAGCUAUUCCUGGGCCCCGGCCGCUGGCAGCGAAACGCCCUGCAGCCCCAGACCCACCGAGGCCUACAGUUCACCCCUGGGUUCUGGCUGACGCUGUGUGAGUUCUUCGGUAUGAGAGUCACCCCCCGGGAGGACAGCCUCCCCGCCCUUCGUGAGAACCGCUACCUGGAGCUGCACGUCGUUGGCGAUGAGGAUGUCGUCUUGCGAGAAGCCCUGCAAGACGACCUGCAACGUUACCGUCAGUGUGGCCUGCAUGACGGCCUGCAAGACACCUCGCAGGACAAGCAGGACAACGACGUGCAGGAGGCCUCGCCCAGCCACGCGGCCGCGGCCCACCCGCUCCGCCCACGCCACCUCAUGGACCCGCAGGUCCUGGAGUUCCUCAGCAGCCGCCUACUCCACAUCCGCAGCGCCGACGGCCAGCUGCACCUGCUUAGCCGGGAGCAGGCCGCCAGGGCCCUGAGCCGGUUCCUGACCCUGAUCUACAGGCAGGCCCUGCCUGCCCCCGCCUGGGGGAGCCAGCCCAGGGAGCAGGCCCGGCUGGAAGAGCCGCCUGACGAGGACGAAGAUGCUGACCUCGACUGAAGGCACCUCCCACCUCCAGCAGAGUCCCGUCUAUUUCUCUGGCCCCAAUGCCUUCCGAAGCCCCUGGCCUCCUCACGCCUCAGGCUGCUUCGCUUCCCUUCCUGCUGCUCCUGACCCAAGAGGAACCCGCUAGUGAAGGGCAACAACUUCCACUCAUCAACCAGCAAUGCCACUGUGCCAACGGACUAGCCAGUCCUUGGAGGCCUGGCGCCAGCCUUGGGCUGCCAGUACUCAGUUCUCCAGGUCCCGGGACCGUGCCCGGGAGUGACAUCCAUGAGGGAGAAAGCAGUGGCGAACAGGAGGUGACCCCAUGACCCACGGCCAGAUGAAGAAGCAGGCAUAGCAGGCACAGCCAAGCAAGCAGGUGCGGGGCCCCCACCCGGCCUGGUGACGGCCACCCUGUGCCGUGUUGAGACACUGACCUCAGGUGCUCCACUGACCUUCUACCUCCACCGCCGGGCUCCUGCUCCCCUUACCCCCAUCCCCAACCUCCCAACAUCCCUCACCCCCAUCCCACCCUGCAAGCAAGCCCGCCCCCACCACGACUGCGUCAGCUCUCUAGACCCUGCCUUCCUCUGGCCCUGAGCUCUGGACUUACCUGGACAAAGCCGCUGUUUGGGGUAUCCCGAUGUACCAGUGCCACUUACCAGACUUGUGCGGUGAAGGGGUGCCUUCCCCUCCCAACACUGAACACUGGACAGUGCAGGGGUGUUGGGGGUCCCAGAAAGCACACAGACACCCAGGGGACCCUGCCAAGUCACAGAGAGACUGGCCGCGCUGCUUUGCAUGGGGAGAAAAUCCUUCCCCGCCCCCUGAACUUUCUCACCCCCUAAUCUUUUUGCACUCCUCAAAUAAAGCAAAAUAAAAGAC